CUUAAAAUUUUUGAAAGAAUGGAACUGAAUUUUCCACAGUUUCCAUUGCCCACCGACUGCACCUAUCUUGGGUAUCUUCUCGAAUUGCCAUCUCUCCUCAAUGUCAAUGGAGUCUCUUUAAUCUCCCUUGCAAUAUAGAAAACAAGAAACCACACGCCCAAAGCCGACCAGUUCAACAUCAAAUUGUAUUCCAUCUCUACUGCUUCCGUUUCUUUGCUUCUUUCAGGCGUUUUCACAAAUGGAAGAGGACAGUGCUAUGACUGUCUACAAUGGCAGCGCCAUUACAGAUGCCAAGAAGAACCCAUUUUCCAUCAAGGUAGGUUUAGCUCAGAUGCUUCGGGGCGGGGCGAUUCUUGAAGUCACUAAUCUACAACAAGCAAAGAUAGCAGAAGACGCUGGUGCUUGUUCUAUCAUGGUAGCAGAACCAACGCGUCAAGGAAUUAGGCGAAUGCCUGACCCAUCUCUUAUCAAGGACAUCAAACGCCCAGUUUCCAUCCCUAUAAUCGCGCCGGCGCGUGUUGGCCAUUUUGUUGAGGCCCAGAUACUGGAAGCUAUUGGUGUUGAUUGUGUCGAUGAGAGUGAGAUUCUUGCUACAGAAGAUGAAGACAACUUCAUUAACAAGCAUAAUUUCAGGUGCCCAUUCAUUUGCAGGUGUCAAAAUCUGGGGGAAGCGCUGAGGAGAGUGAGGGAAGGUGCGGCGAUGAUAAGGACUCAAGGGGAGGUAUUAGGCCAUGGCAACAUUGCUGAGAAAGUGAGGAAUUUGAGAAAUGUGAUGAAAGAGGUAAGGGUUUUGAACAACAUGGAUGAAGAUGAGGUGUUUGCAUUUGCUAAAAAGAAAGCUGCACCUUGUGAUCUUGUUGCACAGACUAAGCAAAUGGGAAGGCUGCCUGUGGCGCAGUUUGCUGCUGGAGGGAUUGUGACUCCUGCAGAUGCAGCACUAAUGAUGCAAUUGGGUUGUGAUGGAAUUUUUGCAGGGAAUGAGGUUUUUUAUUCUGCGGAACCGAAUAAGCGAGUCAGGGCUAUAGUGCAGGCUGUUAGGCAUUAUAAUGAUCCUCAUGUGCUGGUCGAGAGUAGUUGUGGAUUGGAGGAUUCAAUCCAGGAAAUUAAUCCCAGUGAAGACAGGAUCCAACACUUUGGCAGGGAUUAGGGAAGUAGUUCUAAUUUCUAAAACAAGUAGUAUAUCUUUCUUUUAUUCAGUUGCGGAUCAUAGAGAGUUGGUCUUUCUUGUUGUGGUGUUAAUUUUAAUACUAAUACCUAAGUAUGUUCUAUGCUGCAUUUAAUUGUCUGGAAAUACAGAUAUGAAAUAGAAUAAAUUGGUUUUUCCAA